AAGGAUGAGAAAAGAAAACGGGGGACAAUUUGCGGUUUGGAAACCCUCGUCGGCACAGACAUAUCCCUGCAUCCAAACAGACACUAUUGUGUGGGAAAUGAAAUGCCAAAAUUGAAAGGACAGAGGAAAGAAAGAGAUCGCCUUAGUUUGGAGGUUAGGGUUUUAUAUUUGGGCAAGAGGAGAGAGGGGUUUCGAAAGUGGUCGUCAAUGGCUGGCGUUUUAUAAUUCAUUCCUCUUAAAUCUCUCAGGUUUUGAUUUGCUGCCGCUGGUGGUGACGAGAGAGAUUACUUCAAGAACCAAAUACGUGCGAAUCAAAGCGACCAUCGAUUCGAUUCAGAGGACAGACAACAAUUUAAGAUUCCCAAUUUUCCUGGGAUGCCCUCCCUCAUCACUGCUCUCAACUCUUCUUCAUCUACUCACAAAGCUCGAGUGGUAAAUCAACACUUCUCUCUUUCUUUCUUCUCUCCCUCUCUCUCUCUCUCUAUAUAUAUAUAUAUAUAUAUAUUUUUUUUUUUUUUCUCAAUUGGUAUUCACGUACUCAUGUCUCUACUGAGACUCGAAUUCCUGACCUUUCUUUGGAAGAAUUCCUGACUUCCCUUUGAAAAGUAGGAGUUUGGUACCCUAAGCCAGCCCUAUUGGUAUAUAUAUAUAUAUAUAUAUUCUGAACAACUACCAAUCCUGAUGAUGAAGAAAUGGAUUUGAUUUACCCCAUUGGUGACAUUCAAAGGACAGAACAAUAUCUCGCCUCCCAUUGCUUGCUUGUUAAAACAUACAUUGUUGUAUUCUUUUCUUGAAUAAUUAGGAGAAUCAAAAUGAGCUUUUCUUGAAUAAAUGGGAGAAUCAAUUUUUCUUUUUCAUUUUUUUUCUUUUUUUCUUUUUUUUUUGCUAUGUUGCUCUUCUUGGUGUGCAUGAUGUAGAAAAAGUAGCUACUACUUGUUCAGAAUCCACUCCUAAGGAGAGUGCAAUAUGAUAUAUAUAUAUAUAUAUAUAUAUAUAUAUCUGUACAUUUCAUAACGCAUUAUUCCAUAUAUCAUUAAUAUGGUGUCUACAAUAUGAUGUUGAUCAUAUAUUUAAUUAAGUAGUUGUUAGUUGUUGAGAAUCUUCAUCCCUAAAGAAGGCAAUGUGAAUCACGUGACUCCAUAAGACAAUUGAAAUGAGAUGCUAGACCUGCCAGACAAGGAAAAUCUGCGUAGGGAAUCCACAUUUUACCAAAGCAAAAGUUUUGUCCCCAAGAGGCAAAGAAGCAAUCAGUGUACACAUGAAGAUACAAACUAUCCAAAGGUCCCCUGGACUUUCCCAAGUAUCAAACAAAAAUGUAUUUAUACCUCAUCUCUACUGGGAUGUUCAAACCAUCAUCAUUGCUAAGAACAUCAAACUAUCAUCUACUUCAUUCACCAGUUUAUUUUCUUCCAUAUUCGCAAUGUCUGAACAAAGGCCGGCAUUCCGUUUUCGGCUCCCAUGGCUACCAACAGCACCAGCUGCUCCACCUCCUCCCCCUACAACUGAAACUCCAGCUCCUACCCAACCCACAACCACAACUGCACCCACCCAACCUGCCCCCGCAACUUCAGCUCAAAGGCCACCAUUUAGGCCUGCUGGGUUAGCUCCGGUGCAACCUCCUCCACAAGCUCAACCAUCAACAAGAACCGAGUCUCAGCCACCUUCACCGGCUCGUGGAGCAAGUCAGUCCAGAGUCGCUUCUCAACCCUCAUCACCAUCUCGUCCUGCAACACAGUCCCGAGCUACCUCUCAACCCUCAUCACCGUCUCGUCCUGCAACACAGUCCCGAGCUACCUCUCAACCCUCAUCACCGUCUCGUCCUACAACACAGUCUCAAGCUACCGCUCAACCCUCAUCACCAUCUCGUGCAACUCCUCAACCUCGACCUGCAUCUCUGCCUUCAUCACAACCAGCUUCUCAACCUCGAGCUGCAUCUCAGCCUUCAUCACAACCAGCGCCUCAGCCUCGAUCUCCAUCCCGUUUGGCCUCUCAACCUGCAGGCCAAACACCCCCACCACCUCCGUCAUUGACGCCCACUCAAAUGCAACCAACAGAAGGAGCAAUCACUCAGCCCCCAUCACCACCAAAAAAAUUAGAACCCACAACUCCAAAGAGCCCUCAACCUACUCCCAGUACCACUCAGCCCCCACCAUCUGCCGCUCCAGAAAAACCAGUGCCAGCAAAAUCUCAAACAGAAUCAAAAGAGCCUCUGCCAAAGACAGAAAUUAUAUCCACCAAUGUUCGGAGCACCCAAAACCAAACCCCAGCUGAAAAAACCAUCCAACCUGAAGGGAUGGCACCACAAUCUUCUGAAGUGUUGCAACCUAUAGCAGCGACGCCAACCACAACACCUCCAGCCCCAACUGAAAAACGAGAUUCUUCUAGCACUACUGCUGACACUAAGCCCUUUCCAGAAUCAGUUGGAAAGAUUGAGGAAACUCAAAAAGGGCAGGAAGAAGUGCAAGAAGUUGGAAAAGAAGGGAAGACUAAUGGAGCAGCAAUUGAGGAACCAAAGCAGAGGGCAACUACCGAGCCGUUGACUGUAACAUCAAGCUCAGAUGCACCAGCCAAAGAGCAGCCAACUGUUCCAUUUCAAGCCGAACAAAAGCGGCCAGGUCUUGACACAAAGGAGAGAUCACCCACAUCUGGCUCUGACAAAAGACAAGAGGUCAAGGAUGUGAAAUCACCUCUGAAGGACAAAAACACAGUGAGUGAAUCGCGUCAAAAACCAUCUGUAACCAAUGGCGAACGAGUCCCUCUGCAGAAAGAGCUCAAAGAUGAUGUUUCUAAGUUUCUCCUUAAGAUGGGUACCGGGCAAACAAAGCAUCCCAUGGAUGACAAGCCAGCUACUGUCAUAACUCUAGCCGGUGAAAAUAGAGGAGCUUCCAUGCAACUUGGUUCUGAUUCAGCAAAAAGAGAAGGCUCAAUCCACAUUCGCAGGGGCUACAAGACCAACCCCGAUGAGACUGCUGACAGUACUACCACUGACGGAGAAGGAAGCUCUCGACGGAGGUCAAAAGAUGCAAGAACCACCAAAGAUGAAACAACAAAGGCAUAUGUGAACAGCAACGCACAAGGUAUAAAUAACUCAAUUGUGUUCAACAGUUCUGUUAAUGAACAAAGCCCUGGUGUCAAACUAUUUAUCUCUCACAAUCCACCUCCUGUCAAGCCAAGUAACAGAACAGAGUCCUCUCUUGACGCCCACAAGGCCAGAUUCAGCAUCACUCCUGCCCAGAAGCUCACCUAUGAGCCCACUGUCAAAAGGAGAUGUCUCAGAGGACUUUUCAUGGAAUCAAGUGAUUCUGAUCCUGAUAAUCCCGAAAAGCCUCGGCGUCAUGGUUGUCGCUACAACUCCACAGAGAAGAGGAGUCCUAAAGAUGGCGAGAUUGAUGUUCUCUAACUGAGUAAAUUACAUCAGUACUUGAUGAUGCAUAGCUGCAUACUGGUAUUAUAUAAAAUUUAUGUCUACAUAUGACAAUAAACACUUUUCAUAAUAAAUAUGUAAUAAGGAUGAUACAUCAUCCACUAUUUAAGUACUUUUCUGUUGCCAAUCAUUUGAUAUUUGUUAAGGAAUGUGCUAAGUAAUACAAUUUACAUUCAAAUAUCAGUAUUGGAUUACAGAAGGAUUCACAUGUACAAACAAUUAAGAAAUUGUUCUGAGAGUCUGUGACUGAAUGACUAUCUGAGUUUCUGCAGAGUUGAACA